UAAGGGGGGCUUUAGUUAGCCAGAUAACUUAAGCCUAACGUGCUGUCCAAUAGAAGCCUAUGUCUGGGUCAUUUCUACUGACCAAUCCCCAGUUUUGACCAAGGUUAUCCGGCUUAGUGAGACAUCCUGCUUUAUGAAUUAUUCCCAGUGGUUUGAGAUCCUGUGUCAGUGUCCCACACAGAUGCUACUGUCUCUUUAAGACAGCCUCACCGUGCGCCUGAUGAAUUCAGUGUAACGCGAGGCGUUGAGGGAACCUAUUUUCCGCUGGUAGAGGUGGAUGCGCUGCUCUAGUACUGGAAUAGAACAAAAAAAAUAAAAACAGUGCAACAUAGACGGAUUUACCGCAAAAUAACCGGGCUAGACAGAGAUGGUCUGUCAUCUGAAGAUGCUUUCUUAGCUUGGAGGUAUUUUCACCACUCUCCCUUUUAUGUUAACGCUUUAAAUCGACACAAAGACAGACGUGUUGGCUGAUUUCCCCCCUCAAAGCGGAUCGUGGAGGGACAGCUGAAAGGCAUCGCACAACUCAACGGGAUGUCGUCGGAAAAACACGCUCUAGAGGAGGCAGCUGGUAGGCAGGCCAUGUCGCAGCAGAUGACCCAAAUGGCUCCUCCGCCCUACCUUCCCUCACAGGACCCAAACAUGCCUCCGCAUCCUCCCCCACCUGGCUGCGCCCCCCAACCGAAUUACCCCGCUCCUCCUCCGCCCCCCGGCUCAGAGGGCUACCUGCAGGAGACCCAGUUCCACUGCGGGACGCUCGGGCCUCAGGGGACGGCAAACGGCUACACAAUACAAACACACGGGGCUGGAGGAACUGUCCCUCAUCCCCCGGUGGGCUACCUGCACCCCGGAUACCCUCUACAGCUCCAGCCCUGCACGGCCUACGUCCCAGUCUAUCCUAUUGGAACAGGGGGCCAGCCUUACCUGCCUAAUGGUGCACCCCAUCCAGGUGUGGCCCCAGGGCAGAUGGCCAUGCAGAUGCCUCCUGGCAUAGCUCUGAUGGAACCGCGCCGGCCCCCUCAUGAUUACCUGCCCAUCGCCGUCCUGACCACCGUCUGCUGCUUCUGGCCCACCGGCAUCAUCGCCAUCAUCAAAGCUGUGCAGGUGCGUACUGCGGUCGCCCGUGGCGACAUGGUGACGGCGGAGAUAGCGUCUCGCGAGGCGCGUAACUUUUCUUUCAUCAGUCUGGCGGUGGGCAUCGCUUCCAUCGUCCUCUGCACCAUCCUCACCGUCGUCGUCAUCAUCGCCUCUCAGCACCAUGAUGACGACUGGGAGCCCUAAAGCCCCAGAACCAUCCGCCUGCUGACCGCAACACAGACUCCUGGCUGCUGCACUCACGCGGUACAGCCAGCGUUCUGCUCUUAGUGUCCAGACACCCCCUGCACUGACCUGUCGGCCCAGACCACAACACCAGAAAACCCCUCACUAUUGGAAUCCAGGCUAAAAACACUGUUUACUGUAUUUUAGUCUGCAGAAAUAGAUUCUCCACAGUCUCAGAUCAGGGCCAAAGUAGGGAAAACAGCCCUGACGAUACAUGUGCACGUCCAUAUAUGAACAAAACUCACACACAAACACAUUUUCUCCUUUAAAAACGUCAUUAAUUCUUAAGUUUACGGUCUAUUAGUGUUUUAAUCCUCACUAAUUUGACAGUAUUCCAAAAGCUGUGCAGAAACAUCGCACCGGUUUUGAUUCUGAAGUGCUUUCACUGUACCUAACCGUUUUUACAUAUUAUUGAUUAUGUGCUGAUUGUCUUUGUCAGUGUUCAGUACAUUCCAUCUAUUUAUUUAUUGUUUUGUGCCAUCUAUCCAUUUAGGUUUAACAGUGUUAUAUAACAGAAAUGAACAGGUUAAACUGCCAAAUAUCCACACCAGUGAGGUGAUCUUUGGUAGUUCUCUUGUAUCGUUUUAUGUAAACAGUGUUAAAUUCAGAG